AUGGGAACUUGCGUUCUCGACCGCAUUAUUUAUGAAGUGAAAGAGGCCAAGUAUUAUUCCGUGUCUGUUGACUCUACUCCCGAUUUGUCGCACGUAGACCAGCUUACAAUUAUUUUGCGAUGCGUACUGCCACCAGGACCCGUAGAGCGAUUCGUCAAGUUUUUACGUAUGCAGGGGCACAGUGGUGAGCAACUUGAUCAGAACCUGAGUGACUUUCUUGCUGAACAUAACAUCAGCCUGAGUGACUGUUGUGGACAGUCAUAUGAUAACGCCAACAACAUGUCUGGCAGGUACAAUGGAAUGCAGGCGCAUGUUCGAAAGCUAAAUCCAUUAGAAGAGUAUGUGCCAUGUGCUGAACACUCACUCAAUUUGGAGGGUCAGUUCGCAGCCUCAUGUUGCGAACAGGCAACAAUGUUCUUUGUUUUCAUACAGAGUUUAUAUGUAUUUUUCUCUGCAUCGACGUACCGUCGGUCUGUACUAACUGAUGCAUUGUCUGAGAUCACACUACCGUGUGUAAAGCACAUGUCUGACACAAGAUGGUCGGCCCGAGUUGAUGCACUGAAAGCACUGUACAUGGGCUAUAGUCAAAUAAACAACGUCAUCGACAGUAUUGCUGCAGAUGAAAAUCAGAAAGGUGAAUGUCGACAAGAAGCACGUGGGCUUGCAGCAAUGAUGGACCGAUUGGAAACGGGCAUACUAACUGUACUGUGA